GAUUUGGUGCCUUGGCCAGUAUUUUUCUCUGUUCAUGCAUCUAUAUGAUCCGCCACAAACAGCAGCAUUGCUUCUUAAAAUUUCACUCGAGACAUGCUUCUUCCGAUUCUUCUUUGAAAGCAGAUCUUGAAGUGGGCAAGUUAUACCUCGGGGUCUCCAUUUUCACAAAUGCUGAGCUUGAAGAAGCUACUAACCAUUUCGAUUCUGCCCGGGAGCUCGGAGCUGGAGGUUUUGGAAUUGUGUACUAUGGCAAACUUCGAGAUGGCCGGGAAGUAGCUGUUAAGCGUCUAUACGAGCGCAACUAUCGGUGGGUGAAGCAGUUCAUGACUGAAGUCCAAAUCCUAACUCGCUUGCGCCACAAAAACCUCGUCUCUUUAUACGGUUGCACUUCGCGGCACAGCCAUGAGCUCCUACUGGUCUAUGAGUACAUCCCGAACGGCACAGUAGCUGAUCAUCUGCAUGGGGAGCGAGCGAAGCAGGUCUCUCUCCUGUGGACUACUCGUAUUAGCAUCGCCAUAGAAACGGCCACCGCAUUGGCUUACCUUCAUGCGUCUGACACUAUCCACCGUGACGUGAAGACUGAUAAUAUCCUCCUUGACAAUAACUUUAGCGUCAAAGUAGCAGAUUUUGGCCUUUCUCGGCUGUUCCCCAACGAUGUGAGCCACGUGUCAACUGCUCCUCAGGGAACGCCAGGUUAUGUGGACCCCGAGUAUCAUCAGUGUUACCAGCUUACGGAGAAGAGUGAUGUCUACAGUUUUGGGGUUGUGUUAGUGGAACUCAUAUCGUCCAUGCCAGCAGUCGAUACAAGCCGAGACAGGCACGAGAUUAAUUUGGCUGACUUAGCAACUAGCAAGAUAUGGAACCAAGAGUUCUGCGAAUUGAUUGAUCCAAAUUUGGGGUUUGAGUCGGAUCCCGAAAUCAAUAGGAUGAUCAUGGCUGUGGCCGAGCUGGCUUUCAGGUGCUUGCAACAGGACAAGGACGUGAGGCCCUCCAUGGAGACUGUCCUGGAGGAGUUGAAGGUAAUUUCGAGUGGGACACAUGAACCUGGCAAGUCGAAGGAUGUGAGCUAUGAUAACAGCGCCGGUCAAAGUGAAAAUCCACCUCCUUCGCCGGAAUGUGAUAAUGUGGAGCUGUUGAAGAAUGUGAAGUCGCUGACUUCACCUGUUUCCGUGACUCAAAAAUGGGGAAGCAGUGGUAGUUCUUCUGUACAUAGUGGUUAAUAUGUAGUCUUAUCUGUUCUCUCCUGCAAAUUUCCCUUGUCCAUCUUGGUUUGCUUGCAUCUGGGUAAUGGUUUCUAGCUAAUAUUA